AAAAAAUUGUUAAAAUACCAGAAAAAAAAAAAAACCCUUACUGUACAAACCCUCGACACUAACAAGAUAAUAAAGACAGCACCUCUCUCAGUAGCCGGCGAAUUAUAUCAUUUGGGAUUUCUUUUCUUUUUUCGUUUCACAUUUCAAAAGAUUCCAAACCAAAAUCAUGUCUCCCAAAUUAAAUACCUAAUUCUUCCAUUUCAGUAUAGAUUAGGAUAAAAAGGCUCUUUUUCUUUUGUUCGGAACUCUUCCUUUUACAAGCCCUAGAAAUAUUAUGGCGACCACCACCACCGGUAUAAAUACCGCCGGUGAGGACCGAGUCUUGGCCACGGCCCAGCAGAUCGUGAACAGCCUUAACACUCCUAAAGAAGUUCGUGAAGACAUGCUUUUGAUCUUCUCGAGCUUCGAUAAUCGUCUGUCUAACAUCGGGGAUUUGGUCAGAAGUGAGUCCAGUGGUCCCCACCGGUUUGAAUCGUUGGAGAAGUUCAUUCUCCAUUGGGACUGUAACUCCAACUGGGAGGAUUCUCCGGCCGAUGCCGCGGAGUACCUCGGAGCCGUUGACGAGAUUUUGCAGAUGAUGGAUGACUUGUCUGUUCGAAACGAGAACGAGAUUAUGGACCGGGCGGAGAGCGCGAUCCAGAUAGCUAUGUCGCGAUUGGAGGAUGAGUUUCGUCAUAUCUUGAUCCGAAACACGAUUCCUCUUGAUGCGGAUCAUUUGUACGGAUCGAUUAGACGGGUUUCUUUGUCUUUCGCUGCUAAUGAUGGGGAAAUCGAUGAGGAGUUUGAGAGCUUCGGGGAAGUGGGUGAUGGGAGUGUGAGGUUUCACGAGAGAGGAGCGAGUUUAGGUGAUGACGUGUGCGUGGAUUUGAUUAAUGCUGAUGCGCUUGUUGAAUUGAAAGAGAUUGCUGAUAGAAUGUUAAGGUCGGGUUAUGAGAAAGAGUGUGUUCAGGCUUAUAGUAAUGUUAGGCGUGACGCAUUGGAUGAGUGUUCGGUUAUUCUUGGUGUUGAGAAAUUGAGUAUUGAAGAAGUGCAGAAGAUUGAGUGGAGUUCUUUGGAUGAGAAGAUGAAGAAGUGGAUACAAGCUAUUAAAAUCGCAGUUAGGGUUCUUUUGAGUGGUGAAAAGAGGCUUUGCGAUCAUAUUUUCAAUGAGUUUGAAUCCACAAAAGUGGUUUGUUUUAAUGAAACUGUCAAAGGGUGUGUGAUGCAGUUGUUGAUUUUUGCUGAGGCUGUGGCCAUAGGAAAAAGGUCGUCUGAGAAGUUGUUUAGGAUUUUGGAUAUGUAUGAUGCUUUGGCUGAUGUUUUGCCAGACCUGCAGGCAAUGGUAAUUGAUGAGUUUGUUUGUAGUGAGGUUGAUGGGGUUUUAAAUGGACUGGGCGAGGCUGCCAAAGGGACUUUUGCAGAGUUUGAGAAUGCUGUGCAAAGUGAAACUUCCAAGAAACCUAUGCAGAGUGGAGAGAUUCAUCCACUUACUCGUUAUGUAAUGAAUUAUGUGAAACUGCUUGUGGAUUAUAGUGAGACUCUCAAUCGUCUGUUGGAAAAUGAUGAAAUCAAAGCAGAUGCUUUGCAGAAUGAUGGAGAUAAUUUGGAGAAUAUGUCUCCAAUUGCACGCAGAUUGUUGUUAUUGUUGACGUCUUUGGAAUCAAAUAUUGAGGAGAAAUCCAAACUUUACGAUGAUAGUGCCAUGCAACAUAUAUUUUUGAUGAAUAAUAUUCUUUAUAUAGUGCAAAAAGUGAAGGAUUCUGAGCUUAGGAAACUUUUGGGAGAUAAUUGGGUUCGCAAAAGGCGUGGUCAGGUACGCCAGUAUGCCACAAGUUAUCUUAGGGCUUCUUGGAGCAGGGCCUUGUCUUGUUUGAAGGAUGAAGGAAUCGGUGGGGGCUCCAGUAAUGCCUCUAAGGUGGCCUUGAAGGAGAGAUUUAAGAGCUUCAAUCUGUGUUUUGAAGAAAUAUAUAGGGCUCAGACUGCUUGGAGGGUCCCAGAUCCUCAACUUCGCGAAGAACUUAGGAUUUCAAUAUCAGAGAAAGUGAUUCCAGCUUACCGCUCGUUUAUGGGAAGAUUUAGGGGUCAGCUGGAGAGUGGAAGGCAUUCUGGGAAAUAUAUAAAGUACACACCAGAGGAUUUAGAGACUUAUUUAUUGGAUUUGUUUGAAGGAUCUCCUGGCGUUCUUCAUCAUCUGAGAAGAAAGAGUACAUAGGAUUCAGGCUCUUGUUAAAGAGCUGAAUUAUAGAUGCGUGUCCUGAUUUUAACGAGAUGCCACAUCCAGGACCCGUGCUAAGCUGAAUUUGAGUCUCAAGCAUAUAGAUAUUAGGUUUUAAUUACUCAGAUGUGGAAUAACCGUGGAGGUUUAUGCAGUUCAAAUUCAGUCCAUAUGUUUAGAUCUUAGUCAUUGCUACUAAUGGCAAGGCUAAGCCAAUGUUUUUUGUAUAGCAAGCAAGUAUUUCAAAUUCACUGAAAAUUUUGGAGUAUGAUAAUACCUAGUAGUGGUUGAUAUAUGAGUACUGUUUGGAGGCUGAUUAAAUUUAAAAUCUGACAUCCCAGCCGCACAGUCAAUUGGCCCUGUUUCAAACAGAAAGAAUUUCAAAAACUUAAUUGGGUGCUGGAAUGAGUACUGGAAAUUUAUACUUUGCAGACAGUUCAAGUCAGAAAUUUGUUAGGAUUAGAUGAAGGCUGUUACAGUUUAGGUUUGUAUUAUCCACUUCCUGUGGUAUCAUGUACAUUAACUUUUAUUCAAAUUGCUGCCUGAGAACCAUUUUCAA